AUGGUUUCGCCGAUCCAGCUCUCGCCGACUCAUGUUGGCCUCAUCAAAACGGGUGAGAUUUCUCCGGAGUCACUUUCAAAAUGCAACAAACUCUUGCAAAAAAACCACGAGGAAUGGCACAUGUUCUUCCGAGACACUGCAGGUCAUAACCAUAUUGUUCAUAGCCUCCUUACAAUCUUGUCUUUGGGCGCCAGUCCAGAUGAGCUCCAGGCAAGAUACGAAGACGGAGUGAAGAUCCAGCGUUCGAUACCCUCGAUCGAUCACGCAUUGCUGGAUAAGUUGAGUAAUAAGAACGACACCGAAGCAUUAUAUGAGGCUUUGGUUGGACAGAUCAACCAGUAUCAUACGUUCCUCGAGUUCUUCAAGGCCGAAAUCGAGGUCAAUGGCUGGAAGGAAGUUGUACAGGAAUACGUUCUGGCGCGUACCAAGGUAGCCGAGGUCAUGCUAGCUCGCAUGUUCGAGGGUGCAUAUCAUCCCAUCAUCCACCUGGGCCUUGGGGUCGAGUAUCAGCAACCGGCUAUCAUCGCGGAGGCUCUCGCACAAGCCGCGGCCCACGACGACAGCAACAUCGGCACACUGUUAGUCAAUGCCGAAAAAGAAGCUGCUAUCGCAUAUCCGUCUAUCAAGCCAAAAUCAAUGCUAGAGCUGGUGAACGAGGUACGAGCAAGCGACACCAUUCGUAACGCACCAAAAUGGACCGACUUUGGAAACAAGAUGCGCGACGGCGUCGUCGGUCGCGCUGGCGAGGAAAUGUCGAGUCUGGCCUCACAGUUUCGCAUCCGCGCCGACGAAGAAGACCUGGAGAGACGCACCGCAGAGAUGAUCAGUACAUGUGCGUACUUCGCCGGUGCGGCACAGGACAAGAGCAAGGCGUCAACCCGCAAGAUUAAAAUCGAUUUCUUCUACAUGCACGCGGUGACCAGUAGUUUGUUCUUUACUGUACUUUCGUGCCAGAACUGGAUCAAGCUUGAGGACCGCGUACGUCUUGUCGAGUGGAAAGCACGUCUCGAUCUGGCUUGGUAUGCUGUGGCCGGAUCUGCAGUUUUGGACGGCAGCGCCAUUUCUGGGUACUCUUCUCCCGAGAGCGACGGCAUGGGAUGGGCCGAACUAUUUGAUGCGGUCAAUAAGGAGCACGACGAUGGCCAUGCUGCUAAGUUUCUCCGCGCCUUGAAAAAUGGGGAAAAUGUUGCCAAUAGGUUUGAGCAAGGGGAUUGGGAGGCUUAUUUUCCUAUGAAAGGCGAUAUGUGGUUGAAAUUGGCGAGAAUGUGUCAAGACACCACCAAAGGGCUGCCUACAGAUCUCAAGUGGGUACCAUUCACUGGAUUUGAGCAACCGUGGAAGAGACCAGACCUGCUGCAUGAGUAG